UGCGGUGUAUGGCUGGGCUCGGAGAAACCCAGAGAGGUGUCGGAAAGGUCAGCGCCGGCUUGUUGCUUCCUCGCUCGGAUUCCUCCUUUUGUUUUUAAAAAAAAUUCAGUAGCUGUGUGAGUAUUUGUUAACUCGGAGGGGGGCGAGAACAAACCAGGGGGUCAACAAUGUGUUGGGUCGUUUUCUGCAAAGGACUUGUGCAGCGGGGGAUGUGAAAGGGGGAAAAGAAGGAAAGGGAGAGCUUUUAUCCUUUUUCUCGUCCCCGAUGGCGGAGAGAGACCAAGGGAGGAAAGUGAGUGUUUACAGAAGCGUUUCGUUCCAGUAUUUGAGAGGCAGGAGCCCGCCUGGGCACAGGCAGCAGCAAUGUGAGCCCUCGGCGGGCUGUGUGCACUCCCCUGGCCCGUGCCCGGCUGCAGGAGGUCGGGCUGAGCAGCAGCCGAGCCCCGCCGCCGCCGCCAGGGUCCGCUCGGUUUGCAAACUGGUCUCCUGCAGCAGCUCCGAGGGCAAGAGGAGCCACCAGCUCUCGCCGUCCAUCCGCCAGCUCUCCGAGCGCUUUGACACCGGCGACAGGGAGAGCGGCUCGCCCCCGGCUCCCGGGCUCGGAGCUGCCCCGCCGCCCAGGGCUGGCGAGCGGCAGGAACCCCCGGGGCCGGAGCCGGAACCGGAGCCGAGCCCCCGGGAGCUGCAGGCAGAGCGAGCCGAGCCCCGGGAGGAGCCAGCGCCUCCUCCCCCCGGGGAAGGGACCGGCUGGCCCAGCGUCACCGAGAUGCUCAAGCUGUUCGGGGAGCCCGGUGCCAGGAAGCCGCAGCGGCCCAGCGCCGAGCUCUGUGCCUCCCCUUUCCCGUGGCCGGAGGCUCCCUCUCGGUCUGGAGCCGGUGCUGAGCAGCCCCUCAGCUGGACUGAAGGAGCCGGGAGCCCCGGACACAAAACCCCACCUCCGCCGCCACCACCACCUCCAAGCUCCCUCCCAUUAGCUGUGAGGCUGCCUUGGCGUUCCUCUGCUCUGCAUCGGCAAGAGGGAAGAGAGGAAUCAGAUAGUUUACAUUCCACACAUAACUGCUCCAAACCACAGGCUGUCCCCACUGCUCCCAGCUUACCGGCGAGCUCCAGCGAUGAGGAACAACACAGUAGAGAUCUGGUGCAGUACAACAGUCGAGUUGCAAAGAUAAGCAGGUCCCAGGAUAGGUCUUCAGGGAGUGAGGAAGACCAGCCCAUGGUUCACAGGGAUGUCAAGAGAAGAUCACUGAGGAAAAAGAAAGCCAGCCUGGUGGUGGGGAACAAAGAUGAGUCCGACAGUGAUGCCCCCUUAGGUGAAUCUCUGGCCAGGCACGAAGGGCACGGUCAGUUCCCUCACCAAGGUGAGGACGGCUGGAAGUCACAGCCAGCAGCUGAAGCAGAGCCCUCAGCACUGGACUGUUCUGCCCCGUGUGGCUUGGCAACGCUUCCAUGUGAAAGGAAGCACUGUGUCUCAGCAGCCUGCCAGACAGGCAAAGUUGAACAGAGCCAUAAAAGGUCUCUGGGACUGUUUGGAGACAGUGGAACGCCCAGCCCCACAAAUCAUUCUCACAGCACUUCAGGGUCGCCCAUCCCGAUGGUCUCCAGGGUGGCGAAAGUCAACAUCCAGUCCUUCCUUCAGAGUCCCAGCAGUUCGAGGAGCAGUAGCAGGUACUCCAGCACUGAAACACUAAAGGACGAAGAUCACUGUUCUGCAUUUAGCAGGAACUUACAAGGGAAUUUGAACAUGCACCGGUCCCCGAGCUUUGGGCACGGAGAUGGGGCAGCAAAGCAUUUGAAACCGUUGGUGCGUUCCCGACCGAAGCUGCCUUUCGGGAUUGUCAAGGUAAAGACUGAGGGUUCAGCUGGGAGCGUGAGUCCACAGUAUGAAUGUAACACUGAUAAAUCUAAGCACAGGAAGUCUCUGUCAAAUCCUGACAUAGCGUCUGAAACACUGACUUUGUUUAACUUUCUUAAAUCGGACUUUUCUGGGCUCAGGAUGAGGAGAAAAGAAAAGGAGGAAUGUGACGGUGAUGGGGUUAAUCAUGAUCGCAUUGGAGGCAUUCACCGCCAAAGCACAAAGUGGCAACAUGAGCUCAACUCAGUGGCAAAAGGCAAGGGCUCACUCCAUCCUUUAAGCCAACAAUCUGCAGGUGGACGUCCUACCCUCAAAGACCUCACUGCCACCCUACGGCGUGCCAAGUCUUUCACUUAUUCUGAUAAGCCAGUGACUCGCAGGCCUAGAGCUCGCCAUCUCAUGAAACCCAGUAAUUCGGAGGCAAUGCUCGCAAAUAUAGGGUGCUGUGAUUCUGCUUCAGAGGGUGAAAACCAAGACACAGUCCACCAGAAAGGUGAAGACUUGCUGCCUGUUGAUAUGCAAGUUCAGUACAUUCUAGAAGCAGGGCAGCUUUUUGAGAAAAUCAAUACAAUGUGGUCUCAGAAAGAAUCUCCUCUCAAACUCGACCAGAAGGAGGCAGAAUGUCCCGAAGGUGCUGGGGAGGAUUCGCAGUUUCAGAAAGAUGCUGAAUUGUCAGCUGCUGCUACUGCUGCUGCAGAGGAAGAGCUGGAACCAGUGAAAAAGGGGGAAUCGGAAGAGAAUUUGUCUGGUGGGAAAUCAGCUGAUGAUUUGUCGGGACCUGAGUCUAGCAUGACUGAUGAAGGAAUUGUUACUGAGCCUGAGACUGGAUCCAGCAGCACCUUGUACAAGGACAUUCCCAGUCACGUAUUAGUGCGAAACACGAUCAGGGACCUCAGUAAGGAGGAGAAGAGUGAGUUGCUUGUCACACAAGGCAUGGCUCCUGCAAUGACGGCAGUGAGGGCUGGCUACGAGAGUGUUGCAAUAGGAGGGGACGUGGUGUACACUAAAACCGCUGCUUCAGUCGCUCUGGAUCCUCCUUCAACUCCGAGCUCCAUUCGGCGUAGGCGGAAAUUCCCUCCCGGUGGCAGCAAUGGAUCAGAUUCCAGCAAUGGGAGUAAUGGCGACUCCAGUGGUGACACCUAUAGAUCCUUCAGUGACCCAAUGCCACAUAGGAAAUGCGCAGAAGAAACUGAAAAUUUCUCUGUAGACAGCAAUUUGUUGGGCUCGUUAAACUCUGUCAAAGGUGGCAUCCUGGAAUGCUCAGCCACUGCCUUAUCAGAAUGCACAGGAAGUGCAGCCAGUGACUUGUCAGUGUGCAGUGAUGGCUUAAAGGACUACAACACUGUGAUUCAACGUCUGGUUCGGGAACCAGGAACGAUGGACAAAGUGAUUGAUGAGAAAGGUAAUGGGAAGUUGGUGAAAAAGAAGUCACUCAGUGACCCAAGUCGGAGAGGGGAACUGAGUACCCCAGAGUUUACUGGUCCAAGUGAGCCCAUAACUGAGAUGGAACAGGUGAUUCCAACAUCUAGCAGUGAACCCAUCCUUUCUGAGCAGAGAGAUGAAGUAGGGGACCUGGAGGAGUUUUCUAAGCAGGUUAGAAAGCCUCGUUCACAGUCUGAACGCAUGCUGCCUUUACAAGUCAUUGAGGAGCAAGAUAAAGCUAAUUUGCAGAAUUUCAGUUUGCACCCAAAACUAGCAGAAGUUCUUUCUCCACGAUCAAUGAGGCGCAGCUCCAAGAAGCGUAAUAACAGGGUCACGCAACAGGAGGGUAGAAAGUAUGAUAUGUUGAGUGAAAUGGACCAGUCUCCACCACCCAAGACAAGGCCUUCGACCAAGCACAUAAGGCACACAAGUGAGCCUGCUAACUUUGUUCCCAUUGCUUCCAAAGUCAUUGCCCCAGAAACCCAUUUGUCUUGUAGCCAGCCAAUUCAUGUCACUGCCUCAGAAUCCACAAGACAAUCUAGAAAGCAGUUUCCCUUGGCCCAGACUCCAUCCUUGGAAGAUGUCACCAAGCAAUACAUUUUGAAAGGGGAAUCAUCGCUUCAACUACCAGUGGAUUUGUCUGCCUCAGCUCCUGGUACGCCGACCAGCACUGAACCCCGGGUACCCUCCCUAUCAAAGCCGAACGAGGAAGUAGGAUCAAGUAUCAACAAAGGCAAACCUCAAGUGGAUAUGAGAAAACAUGUGAUGAUGACCCUGCUGGAUGCAGAACAGUCAUAUGUGGAGUCCCUCCGAACACUCAUACAGGGAUACAUGAGGCCUCUGAAGCAGCCAGAGAAUUCCUGUAUCUGUGACCUGGCCCUUGUAGAUGAUAUGUUUUUCCAGAUUCCGGAAAUCCUGGAGCACCAUGAGAAGUUUCUGGAGCAAGCUCAUCAAUGUGUCCAGAACUGGCAUGAGAAACAGAAAGUGGGAGACUUAAUGAUUGAAACAUUCUCCAAAGAUGUACUGGCCAAUUCGUACUCUGCAUACAUUGAUAACUUCCUUAAUGCCAAAGAAGCUGUGCGAUUGGCCAAGGAUGCAAAACCAGCAUUUAUUAAGUUUUUGGAGCAAAGCAUGAGGGAGAACAAAGAGAAGCAGGCACUGUCUGAUUUAAUGAUCAAACCUGUUCAACGAAUUCCCCGAUAUGAGCUUCUGAUAAAGGAUCUACUGAAACACACUCCUGACGAUCACCCAGAUCAUCCUUGCCUGCUGGCAGCACAGCGUUACAUUAAGUUACUAGCUGAAAGGAUAAACAAGGGGAAGAAGAAUGCAGAGGAAGCAGAGAAAGAGGCUCGCAUCCUGCAAGAGAUAGAAUCCCAUAUAGAAGGCAUGAUGGAUGUGCGUAUCCAUGAAGAGCUCCUGGUUCCUCACAGAAAGUUUUUAAGGCAGGAAAUGGUGACUGAAGUGAAAUCCGUUAGCAGCAAGAAGGAGCGCUCGCUGUUUCUGUUCACAGACCUUCUGAUUUGCACUACUUUGAAACGUAAAACGGGCUCUCUCCGGCGGAGUUCUAUGAGCUUAUACACAGCUGGGAGUGUGAUUGACACUGCAAGCAAGUAUAAGUUCCUCUGGAAACUGCCUUUGGAAGAUUUGGAUAUUGUGAAAGGGACAUCCCAAGCCACUAACCGUGAAAACAUCCAGAAGACUCUCAAUCGGCUGGAGGAAGAUUUCAGUAUCUUGAGUCAGAUUAGCACGUUGGCAGAGACACUAAGUAUUUCACACCAGAGUCUGGAUGAUGUUAUUAAAGACCUGAUGGCCUCUGUGAACCGGGAGCUCUCUGAGAAGCAGUCCCUCGCAGUCAGUACGAUGUUUCCACUCACAAAAGUUGAACUAACGGCCACAACAGCUGAGGGAACUGAAACAUUCAUUUUUGAGUUCAGCAGUAUUGAGGCACGAGCUGGCUUUGAACAGGCGUUUGAAGAAACCAAGAAGAAAUUAGCUUUGAACAAAGAUCGUUGGGACCCGGAAUUCCUGAAGGCCAUUCCCAUCAUGAAGACACGGAGUGGAAUGCAGUUCUCCUGUGCAUCCCCCAGUCAUGGUGGACCAGACAACCCCCAUGAGGUCUGGGUGUGCAAUAGUGACGGGUAUGUUGGGCAGGUCUGCCUGCUAAGCAUCAAACCAGUACCUACUGUGGAAGCUUGUAUUGCAGUGUGUUCAGCAAGGAUUAUCUGCAUAGCCUCUGUACCAGGCCUCAGUGGUACACCCAGAGACAGGUCAGAGUUGCUUCUGAGCCCUUCCUGUGUACACCCACACCGAACUAGCACUGUCUCCUUGGAAGAACCAACUUCACAGCAGCCAUUCCAUAUCUCCAUUUCAAACUCUGCUCAGUCACUGGGAGAACUGACUGAAAGUGGAAACAGAAGCUUGAACCCAUUUGACAGCGAUGACACAGAAGAUGACGAGUCAUCCCCAAGCCCAUCAGGCACGCUGAGGAGUCAGGCCAGCAGAUCCACCAUCUCUUCGGGUACAGGGAAUGAGGAGAUGUCAAGUUCCAAAGAUUUUGCAACAGAAACGACAAGUUCAGAGGAGGAACCUGAGUCUGAUUUCAUAACCAACUCCAACACUUUGUGUCAAACAAGGAACAGUGACAGUCCAAUGGAUGGUCGGGCAAUGAGGAGAUCGAGUAGAGGGUCCUUCACCAGAGCAAGCCUGGAGGAACUUCUGAGCAUUGAUCCUGAAGCUAACCAAAGCUCCAUGUGGCUCGGAACAGAAGAUGGCUGCAUUCAUGUCUAUCAGUCGUCUGAUAGCAUCCGGAACCGGAAGAACAGUAUGAAAAUGCAGCACUCUGCGGCGGUCAUGUGUAUCCUGUACCUCGACAACAAAGUCUUUGUCUCAUUGGCAAAUGGUGAAUUGAUGGUCUACCAAAGAGAUGCAGGAAGUUUCUGGGAUCCACAGAACUCAAACACGUUGUGCUUGGGGUCGCCAGGAAAUCCUGUCACCAAGAUGGUACAGGUGGCAGGAAAGCUUUGGUGCGGAUGCCAGAACCGGAUUCUCAUCAUCAACACUGUCACACUUUGCCAGGAGCACAUGAUCCAGAUUGGACAAGAUACCAAUCGGUGUGUGACGAGUAUGGUGAGCUCCAGCUUGGGAGUCUGGAUCGCACUCCAAAGCAGCGCGCAGGUGAAGCUCUACCACGCUGGCACCUAUGAAAACCUGGCAGAGGUCGACGUAGCUCCUGCAGUACACAAAAUGCUCGCAGGUUCCGAUGCCAUUAUUCGUCAGCACAAAGCUGCCUGCUUACGAAUUACUGCCCUACUUGCCUGUAAAGACCUUCUCUGGAUUGGAACUAGUGCUGGUGUGGUGUUAACACUCUCCAAUCCCCAUGUCACUGCCAAUACCACCUCCCUCAGGACACCUUUAAUACCCAUGGGUUCAGCGCACGGACACACGGGACAUGUUCGAUUCCUCACAGCAAUUGAAUUGCCAGAAGUCUUUGAUCUCAGUUUCCCACCAGCGAGGGACCCAGGCCGCCCCAGUACAGGUGGUGAAAGAUUGGUUGGCUCCCAGAAGCGAGAUUCAGGAAGACGCCGAUCGUCUGCUAUUAUUCCACUGAAAACCAACAUGCUGGUGAUCAGCGGAGGUGAUGGCUAUGAGGACUUUCGCCUUACCAACAGCAGUGAGACUGUCGGCCGUGAUGAUAGCACCAACCAUCUCCUCCUGUGGCGUGUUUGAGAAGAUUGGAGCCUGGUGUUGGCCAUGAGACUACCUUAAUUGUUUGUCUCCCAGUGUGCUUUGUCUAAUGCUUGGGCAUUUAGUCUCUGUGCGCAUUGUUUGUUCUUUUUUUUAAAACAGUACACGAGCAGGACCCCUGAGUGAAUGAUCAACAGGUCUUAAGAUGUGUCUGCAGAUUGCAAAAUGCUCAGCCUGAGUUCUCCGCAAAGCUUGUGAUGCUAUAUUCUGUGUCGCACAGUGUGACGUGGACGUGAAGUAGCUCACAGUUGUUGGGGCUUUUGAGUGACCGAAUGGAGCUAGGGAGAAUAGUCCCCAUCAUCUGUGAUAAUUAUAGGUUCCCAUUGAUGAAGAAGCCACCUAAGUUUGGGACCAAGAAGUGAUGCAAUGUUUAAAAAAAAGUUAAACCAAAAGAAAAGGCAAGGAAUUGUGGGAAUAGUACUUUGUCCAGGACAUUGUCUACUAUGACCAGAGCUGUCUUUCCCAUUAUCCCUUAUUUGUCUGACCAAAAAUUGAGAAGCUGACUUUAGUAUCUUUUAGCAAACAUUAUGUGGAACGUUUAUCUGUGCUUCAACCUGAUCGCAACAUGGCUGUGUAACGUCCAAGUAAUCAUUUCCAAUAAGAAGUUCAUCUGUGGGAACCUGUCUAGAACAAUGUUGGUGAUCUGCAUGGAUAUUGUGACAGUGGAUCUCUGCUUUUUGUUGCUAUUUGAAAUGAAGCGGCCUUUGGCGAUCAGAAGACCUCACUCUAAUGCAUCAUAUUUAUAUGAACCACAAAAUGGAGCUCACCAUGACAUGCGUGUAUGUACUGAUCUACUCAAGACAAACAUGUAUGUGAACGUUCAUUCUCAGUGAAUCUGCAUGAGAGAGAACUGUGUUUGUAGUAUUAUCACCUUUUGGGCAUGACUCAAAAUGUCUUUCUUUGUACUGUCACGUUCAUUCAGAGGGCCGACGAAUUACAUCGUAAGUACCUCAACAUGUAUCAACAGCUGCAGCGUUCCAGUAUGUGCUUGGCUGCGUUCAACUGCCUUCUGUGUAGAAUAGAGCCAGUUUAUACAGAAGCCAGAGGGUGUGUAAAGUGACAAUGUGCAAUAUGUGGCCAAGAUCAUGGAGGACCAACACUUUAGAACCAUUCAACCAGAGGACAUUCAGACAUCUGCUGAAGCACUAGUUAAUUAGUGCCACAUAAUCACCUUGGUCUAAUGAAGACCAUAAUCAUAGCUGAAGCUAACAUUUGGUCAGUUAUAUCACAUUGGUCCUCCUGUACAGUAUUUAUGUUCAUUUUAACUUAGUUACCUUUUACAGCACUUAAUUUAUGCAUUUAUCUUUUAUGUUUAAAAGGUAUCUCUAGACAUUUGACACAAGCUUUUUUUUUACAUUUUGUGGCUUAAUCUGGUUGUUUGUUCUGUGUAGUCGAGUUUUUUUGAAAAUGCAAGACUGAAGUAUGUUGAUCUCAACCUCGGUGAAGGAACUACAAUUUUUCCAACCUGCUUUUCUCCCAACUCUCCGUGGAACUUCAUUCUGCCCUUUACAACUCUGUAAUAAAACAACAGUUUUAUUAUGAAAUGUUUGGUCUUAAGUCAGCACAAAUGCAGAAGUUGGACAUUCCAGCACAAUUAAUAGCCAAAAUAUUAUAAACUCACUUCUCUUUACAGGUUCUCACUGACCUGUUUGGGGAUUUUCACAAUUUUCAGUUUUUCUUUUGAGUGGUUGGGUAAGAUGGUUUAUGAGACCAUUGAAUUAUGACACUAAAAGAGGACUUCUGAAUGAGGAUCAAAGAAAAUGGAAAUCUAAGAUGUCUCCAGUUGAAUGGAAACUGUUAGUAUUGUCCACAUGACUUUAAUUUUGAUCUUCAAUAAUCUAUCUAUAAGGCUUACAAAGGAUUUACCGAAGUAAUAUUUAAAUACAUAUUAACCUAAAAGUUUGCAUUUCAUAAAAUCAGAUUCAGGCAAAUAUUUUUCUUCAGUGCUUCCACAGAACAAAGGAUUGAAACCAGUGCACUGGAGUCAAGAAUUCAGUCCAGUGUUUACUUACUUUAUUCACUGUUUUGAAGUGAAUGCCCUUCAGAUAUACGGUAUAUAAUUGCCGACAACUUUCCCUUGAAAGUCAAAUUCUGAAAUUUAGAAUUAAUACCUGCAAGUGAAGACAACUGUUUUUUUAUGAAAACCAAAAGAAUAGGGGCGGCAUGGUGGCUCAGUGGUUAGCACUGCUGCCUCAUAGCACCAG